AUGUCCGACUCUGGUACGGUCGCAGCUACCUCGAAUACGAACGAUACGAACGAGCCUCAAGCCGGACCAUCUUCUCCUCCUCUAACUUCUUCCAACCCUCUUUCCCCUGAUCUGAAUACAAACGGGAUACAUCCAAAAGAUGCUCACGAUAACCAUGAACAGGGUGAUGACGAGGACGCGGAGGAGGAUCAUCGUUCUGAUGAUCCCUUGAAGAGGAUAUCUCAUUUGGAAAAUGAAUUAUCAUCAACUCGUCGUGAAAAUGAUAAAUUGUCGAAUCAAUAUAGAGGGUUACUGGGUAAAUUGACCGCUAUGAGAACUACUCUAGGUGAUAAACUGAAAGAAGAUGCGGAAGAACUGGAUAGAAAAGAAGAAACGAUCAACACGUUGACAACGGAGAAUAACUCAUUGCAAGAAACUUUAGUUGGUUUACAAAAUGAACUAUCAUCUGCAUCACAAGAAUCAACGAAUUUAUCAAAUCAAUUAAAUCAAUUACGUUCACAAUCUGAUUCUUCCAGCUCAGAUGUGUUAUCUCUAACGAGAGAAAUGAGGGAAUUGAGAGGUGAGAUGGAGAGGUUGAGGUUGGAAAGAGAAGAAUGGGAGGUUGAAGCUGGAAGAGAAAGGGAAAAAAGAGAAUUGAUAGAGGAAGAGAUGAGAUUGAUUGAAAGGAGGGAAAGAGACGAAAGAUUGCAGUUGGAAAAAUCAAUUUUACAAUUAGAAGAAGAAAGAGAAAGAGCAGAUAAUUUACAAGAUGUCUUAGGUGAAUUUCAAGUUGCAAAAGACUCGGAACUUCGUCAAGCUACUUCCGAGCUGGAAACGCAAUUACGUCUAGCGGCAACAUCAUCAUCAGAAUUUAAAUUACGUUGCGCAAAUGCAGAAACCAAAUUAUCGGAGGUAUCUUCCAGUGCAGGAAAAGUAGGUCAGCUGGAAAGAGAACUGAGGGAGAAGAAUAAUCUUAUUGGCAAAUUGAGACAUGACGCCGUCGUGAAUAACGAGCAUCUCACCGAAGCGUUGAGGAGGUUGCGGAAGAAUUCAUCUGACAAUAAUGUGGAUCGUCGCCUGGUGACGAACAUCCUCCUAUCAUUCCUUGCUGCUUCACGAGGCGAUACAAAACGAUUCGAGAUGCUGUCGCUGCUGUCGACUAUCUUAUCAUGGGACGAUAACGAGCGAGAGAAGGCUGGGUUGCAGAGAAAAGGAGGAACCAAUCUGGCUGUGGAGACUAAAGGCCGUAAAAGCGGGAAAGAGAAGGAAAGGACGGCAGAAGAGGAAGCCGCGAUGAAUGAGUCAUUUUCCAACUUGUUCGUAGAAUUCUUGUUGAAAGAAGCAUCUCAAGGACAAACUCGACCAUCAAUAUCGUCACCCACACCGUCAACAGCAGAUAUACAUCAGCAUCCUGGACCACAUAGAACGUUCUCACAAUCAUCGUUAAAUUCGUCUUCACCUUUUUCGCCAUUCUCACCGCCUACGCAGUCAUUAUCAUUUUCACCCCCCCCUGCGCAAUCCGCGUCAGGCGCAAAUACACCUCUUUCAAGACCUAGAGGAUUAAGCAAUAGUUCUUACACUUCUGAAAGGCCAGGUUAUUUCGGUACGUCUGGAAGGAAAUUUAGUGGUGGUCUGAGAGAUGUCAUGAAUCAAGGUCAACAUCAAUAG